AUGAAGACACCACCCCAAAAUUUGCUCAAACAAAACCGCAUGAUCCUCAUAUUUCUCAUUGUCGUAUUACUAUCGACUUGUUCUACCCACCACCCUUUGGCCAAAGCUACAAUCUUUCCUCGCUCAUCAUCUUCCUCAAACAUUCAAUUAUCACUAAAGCCAUUGAUCCUCGAUGGCAAUCUCAGCUUUGAAAACAUUCACGAAGCAGCCAAGGACUUCGGCAAUAUAUACCACUUCCUUCCCUCUGCAAUUCUCUACCCAGAAACAGUUUCUGAUAUUUCCACCAUAAUAAAAAAUAUUAACGAAAUGGGCACCACCUCAGGGCUCACAGUUGCAGCAAGAGGCAAUGGCCACUCUGUUCAAGGUCAAGCACAGGCAUAUCGGGGGAUCGUGAUCGAUAUGAAAUCGCUCCGGGGACCAGAAAUGCAGUUUUACACCGGAGAGCUGCCGUAUGUGGAUGUUUCCGGCGGUGAACUUUGGUCUUGGACUGAUUUUCUUCGUCUAACGGUCGGAGGGACAUUGUCGAACGCCGGAAUCAGUGGGCAGGCAUUCCGGCAUGGACCUCAGAUCAAUAACGUCUACCAACUAGAGGUGGUCACAGGAACAGGAGAGGUGGUCACCUGUUCAGAGAAGCAGAAGACUGACCUUUUCUACGGUGUUCUUGGAGGACUGGGACAAUUUGGCAUCAUCACCAGGGCUAGAAUUUCCCUAGAACCUGCACCUAUAAUGGUAAAGAAACUUAACAAUCUGUUUCUUGGUGAUAAACCACCACCAAAAUCAUCGCCGCCACCACCACCACCAGUCACCGUGAAGUGGAUUAGAGUGCUCUACUCAGAUUUUUCCAUAUUUACCAAGGACCAAGAGCAUCUCAUAUCAUCCCAGAAUGCUUUUGACUACAUAGAAGGAUUUGUCAUCAUAAACAGAACUGAUUUAGUAAAUAGCUGGAGAUCCACUUUCAAUCCAAAGGACCCAGUUCAAGCCAGCCAGUUCAUUUCUGAUGGAAAAACUCUAUUCUGUCUAGAAAUGGCCAAAUACUUCAACCCUCAAGAGAUUGAUUUCAUGAACCAGAAAGUUGACAGCUUGCUGUCAGAAUUGAGCUACAUUGAGUUUACACUCUUCCUAUCUGAAGUCUCAUAUGUCGAAUUCCUGGACAGACUGCAUGUUUCCAUGUUAAAACUCCAAGAAAUGGGGUUGUGGGAUCAUCCUCAUCCAUGGCUCAGUCUGAUCAUUCCCAGAAGUAGAAUACAUGAAUUUGCCCAGGAAGUGGAACAACAGGACUUCUAUGAUCACCCCAGAGGAAGAUGUUCUAUACCUAGUGGCGUUCCUAUCCUCUGCAAUGCCAUGUUCCACAGGGACAGAUGGCUUAGAAUACAUCCUCAGCCAAAACAAAAGAAUUCUGGAUUUCUGCAAAUGGCCAAUCUCGGAGUGAAGAAAUACUUGCCCCAUUACCUUACACAGGAAGAGUGGAAAAUCCAUUUCGGCUAUAAAUGGGAAGUCUUCCUCCGGAGGAAAUCCACCUAUGACCCUCUAGCGAUCCUAGCUCCUGGCCAAACAAUUUUCAAAAAAGGCAAGGUGUCUCAGUGA